AUGCCCUCUGACCUGGCCAAGAAGAAGGCGGCCAAAAAGAAGGAAGCUGCCAAAGCGCGACAGCGGCCCAGGAAGGGCCACGAAGAGAACGGAGACGCUGUCACAGAACCACAGGUGGCAGAGGAGAAACAUGAGGCCAAUGGCCGGGAGACCACAGAAGUGGAUUUGCUGACCAAGGAGCUAGAGGACUUUGAGAUGAAGAAAGCUGCUGCUCGUGCUGUCACCGGUGUCCUUGCCUCUCACCCCAACAGUACUGAUGCCCACAUUAUCAACCUCUCCCUCACCUUUCAUGGUCAAGAGCUGCUCAGUGACACCAAACUGGAAUUAAACUCAGGCCGUCGUUAUGGCCUCAUUGGCUUAAAUGGAAUUGGAAAGUCCAUGCUGCUCUCUGCUAUUGGGAAACGGGAAGUGCCCAUCCCCGAGCACAUUGACAUCUACCAUCUGACUCGGGAAAUGCCCCCUAGUGACAAGACACCCUUGCAGUGUGUGAUGGAAGUCGACACGGAGCGGGCCAUGCUGGAGAGGGAGGCUGAGCGGCUGGCUCACGAGGAUGCGGAGUGUGAGAAGCUCAUGGAGCUCUACGAGCGACUGGAGGAGCUGGAUGCCGACAAGGCGGAGAUGAGGGCUUCGCGGAUCUUGCAUGGACUGGGUUUCACGCCUGCCAUGCAGCGCAAGAAGCUGAAAGACUUCAGUGGGGGCUGGAGAAUGAGGGUUGCCCUCGCCAGAGCCCUCUUCAUUCGGCCCUUCAUGCUGCUGCUGGACGAGCCCACCAACCACCUGGACCUCGAUGCUUGUGUGUGGUUGGAAGAAGAAUUAAAGACUUUUAAGCGCAUCCUGGUCCUCGUCUCCCAUUCCCAGGACUUUCUGAAUGGUGUCUGCACCAACAUCAUUCACAUGCACAACAAGAAACUGAAGUAUUACACGGGUAAUUAUGAUCAGUAUGUGAAGACACGGCUGGAGUUGGAAGAGAACCAGAUGAAGAGGUUUCACUGGGAGCAAGAUCAGAUCGCACACAUGAAGAACUACAUCGCUAGGUUUGGUCAUGGCAGCGCCAAGCUGGCCCGGCAAGCCCAGAGCAAGGAGAAAACGCUACAGAAAAUGAUGGCAUCAGGACUGACAGAAAGGGUCGUGAGUGACAAGACCCUGUCAUUUUAUUUCCCACCGUGUGGCAAGAUUCCUCCGCCUGUCAUCAUGGUGCAGAACGUGAGCUUCAAGUAUACAAAAGACGGGCCCUGCAUCUACAAUAAUCUAGAAUUUGGUAUCGAUCUCGAUACACGAGUGGCUCUGGUGGGGCCCAAUGGAGCAGGGAAAUCAACUCUUCUGAAGCUGCUAACCGGAGAGCUACUACCCACAGACGGGAUGAUCCGAAAACACUCUCAUGUCAAGAUAGGGCGUUACCAUCAGCAUUUACAAGAGCAGCUGGACUUAGACCUCUCACCUUUGGAGUACAUGAUGAAGUGCUACCCAGAGAUCAAGGAGAAGGAAGAAAUGAGGAAGAUCAUCGGACGAUAUGGUCUCACUGGGAAGCAGCAGGUGAGCCCAAUCCGGAACCUGUCUGAUGGGCAGAAGUGCCGAGUGUGUCUGGCCUGGCUGGCCUGGCAGAACCCCCACAUGCUCUUCCUGGAUGAGCCCACUAAUCACCUGGACAUUGAGACCAUCGACGCCCUGGCCGAUGCCAUCAACGAGUUUGAGGGUGGUAUGAUGCUGGUCAGCCAUGAUUUCAGACUCAUUCAGCAGGUUGCACAGGAAAUCUGGGUCUGUGAGAAGCAGACAAUCACCAAGUGGCCUGGAGACAUCCUGGCCUACAAGGAGCACCUCAAGUCCAAGCUGGUGGGCGAGGAGCCCCAGCUCACCAGGAGGACCCACAAUGUGUGCACCCUGACAUUGGCAUCUCUUCCAAGGCCAUGA